AUCAUCGUCCAAUGUAAUGCGCAGUUGACGAACAACUCCGUCACUGACGGGAGAACUACAAGUCAGAGCAGGUCGAACAAAGAAUUACACAUUUCAAAGCUCUCGCCGUGUGCAAAUCGUUAUGGAUUGUGGGCACAGUUGCUGGCAUUUAUGGCGUUUCGUGCCAUGGAGAUAAUAUGCUGAAAGAGGUUUAUUUGGUGCCGAUUAUAUUUGACUUUCGUUGUGCGUUUUACCCUCAGCGAUAACUUUUUGACAAAUACACCGUCUAUAACAAUAUGUCAAUCAAGAUAAAGACAGCCCACGCUCUUCUAUCCGAGUGAAAAACGUCAAAAGAGACAAGAUGUUUAGUCUUACUGAAGUCGCCUCCCUUAAUGACAUCCAGCCAACCUACCGCAUUCUGAAACCAUGGUGGGAUGUAUUCAUGGAUUAUAUUGGUAUAAUAAUGUUGAUGUUAGCCAUCUUUUCUGGGACUACGCAGUUAACCAAAGACCAAGUGGCAUGCCUUCCCAUUCUCGAGGAAAGGAUACAGUCACGGAGCGCAAGUUCAGACACAACACAAAAUCCACUUGUAAGUUACACAUCGGUUCUGGGCACAUCACCCUCAACAACUAAAGAUCUUCCUGACAGUGUUGCACAUGAAAUUCAUAACACUCAACCUUCUCCCUUUAAGGUGGAACAUGCUAAACCUGAGCCCAAAGGAAUUAAAACAAACCUAGAUUUUCAGCAGUAUGUUUUUGUCAACCAAAUGUGUUACCAUGAAGCAUUACCAUGGUAUAACAAAUACUUCCCUUACCUUGCACUUAUACACACCAUAGUGCUGAUGGUAAGCAGCAAUUUUUGGUUCAAGUACCCAAAGACCAGCUCAAAGAUUGAACACUUUGUUUCCAUUUUGGGUCGGUGCUUUGAAUCACCGUGGACAACAAAAGCAUUGUCUGAAACAGCUUGUGAAGAUUCCGAGGAAAACAAGCAGAGGUUCACUGGCAGUGCAGUUUUCCAGAAGCAUGUAUCAUCGGAGGACAGCAACAGUCAGUCUACUCCUUUAAUUGAAACUCCUACAGUGCAAUUUCCUACUGAAAAGCUCAUCGCAGAAGCCCCCAGCUUGACAAUCUUGGACAAAAAAGAUGGAGAACAGGCCAAGGCUCUUUUUGAGAAAGUGCGAAAAUUUCGAACUCAUGUAGAAGAUAGUGACUUCAUCUACAAACUCUACGUGGCUCAGACAGUGAUAAAAGCUGUGAAGAUCAUUUUGAUCUUGAGCUAUACAUCAACUUUUGCUUCCAUGAUCAAGUUCGGUCAUACAUGUGAACCUGAAAUCCUAAUACCUAAAAUCGAAGAUUUGACUGGGUACAGUAAAUUCUUUUGCACACACAAUAUGGCCUUCAUGUUGAGGAAACUCCUCUUCAGUUUCAUGGCUAUGAUAUGUCUCUAUGGACUGUUGUGUUUGUAUACGCUCUACUGGCUCUUCAGGAGACCUCUUAAAGAGUACUCUUUUGAGAAAGUCAGAGAGGAAAGUAGCUUUAGUGAUAUUCCUGAUGUAAAGAAUGAUUUUGCAUUUCUUCUGCAUAUGGUAGACCAAUAUGACCAGCUGUACUCCAAACGAUUUGGUGUAUUUCUCUCUGAGGUUAGUGAGAACAAACUACGAGAAAUUAGCCUAAACCACGAGUGGACAUUUGAAAAAUUGCGUCAGCAUGUGACAUGCAAUGCUCAAGACAAGCAAGAGCUUCACCUCUUCAUGCUUUCAGGACUCCCUAAUGCCGUAUUUGAUCUCACUGAUUUGGAAAUCCUCAAGUUAGAGCUGAUACCUGAGGUGAGGAUUUCAGCCAAAGUUUCUCAAAUGACAAAUCUACAGGAACUGCAUCUGUAUCACUGCCCUGCAAAAGUUGAACAAACAGCUUUCACUUUUCUCCGUGACUAUCUGCGAUGCCUUCACGUGAAGUUUACUGAUGUUGGAGAAAUUCCACCAUGGACCUACAUGUUGAGGAGCCUCAGGGAACUGAACUUGGUUGGAAACUUAAAUUCUGAACACAACAAGAUGAUUGGUUUGGAAUCACUAAGAGAUCUAAGACACUUAAAAACAUUAUACCUCAAAAGCAAUCUCAACAAAAUACCAACAAAUCUCACAGAACUGUCACCACAUCUCAUCAAACUGGUGAUACAUAAUGAUGGAACAAAGUUAUUGGUACUAAAUAGUCUCAAGAAGAUGACAAGUCUGGUUGAUUUGGAGCUCCACAACUGUGAGUUGGAGAGGAUUCCCCAUGCCAUUUUCAGCUUGACUAACUUGCAAGAACUGGAUUUGAAAACAAACCAUAUCCGGACCAUCGAGGAGGUCAUUAGCUUUCAGCACCUAAAGAGACUGUCCUGCCUCAAAUUGUGGCACAACAAGAUCAUUGCUAUUCCACCAUCUAUAGGCCUAGUGAAGAGUCUAGAGUCAUUGAUUAUCUGUCACAAUAAACUGGAGACCCUUCCUCCAGCUCUCUUUUAUCUUCCCAAACUGAGGCACCUGGACCUCAGCCAAAAUUCCAUCUCUAGUAUACCAGUAGAGGUAGGACACCUGCAGAACCUUCAACAUUUUGCUAUCACAGGCAACAAGGUAGAAUUUCUUCCUGUUCAACUGUUUAAAUGUACCAAACUGAAAGUGUUAUGUGUGGGUCAUAACAGCAUCACCUCCAUCCCAGAAUCAAUUGGGCAGUUAAUACAACUGUCACAGCUUGAACUGAAAGGAAACUGUUUAGACUGCCUUCCAUUACAACUUGGCCAGUGUCACCUGCUACGCAAGAAUCUCCUCUUUGUGGAGGAUCAUCUUUUUGACACACUGCCUCUUGAGGUAAAGGAAAGUAUCAGUAGAGACUAACAUGUAAUUAACUAGUGGCUUAUAAGUGAGCCUCAAAGACAGGAAGCAAAAACCCACGUGGGACAAUAUAACGGAGAAACAUUGCACAAAACAGGUUUGUGCUUGCUUCUGUACAGUUUGCUUCUGUAGCCAAAAAUAGACUAUGCAUAAAGUGACACUGUUUUGCAAUGCCUGUUACAAGCUUAGAUGAUGCAUUCAUUUAGUUGCAGACAAAAUAUAUUUUUAUGUAGAGUUUGCUUUGAUAUUGCCUUAUAUAAAUAAUUUGCCCUGUAAAUAUUUGAAUUAUCUACAUGCAUUUACAUUAUUAUGUUGGCUUGAGUAAGAACAAAAUUUCCAACUGUAACUCCUAGAGCUUUCUAGCUACAGCCACCAAACUCGAUGAAGACCUUCAGGCUGGUCUGACUCUAGAUGCUAUUUCUUUUAAAAAUGAUCAGACUUAAGGGGGUCACACAUGCUCUGCAUCCGUCGGUGGUGCCCAACUACGACUCCGGAGGCUGCUCAAAUUUCUGCUACGCCACAGAGCGCAACACUUUUAAAUUUGACCCAAAUCAUUAUCAAAGGACAUAGAUUAUUAACUCUAGCCUUAUUCAUUCUUGAAGAAUGGAUAAACCUUGGUAACUUUUGUGUGUACUGUCUGCCACCUGAACCGUAUCGACGGGCCCUGUGUUUGAUAUCUGUGCCUUGUCCUAGCUGUGACACGACACGGUGUGGCACUUCUCAUCCGGUGUGCACCUGCCUUUACGGUUUCCGCAACGUGGUAAAUCAAAAACUGGAAAAUCCCAUUCACCUACUUUGUCGGAAUGUUCAGAUGAUCCAAGACUAUUCAAAUUCUGUCACAAUUUCAAAUGUAAACAAACUUACACAAGGCAUUAAGCUGGUCUAUUGAAUCUAUAUUUCUUUCUGUCUCUACUUAUGCUGCCCUAUCGAAUCUAUAUUUCAGUCAAUCUUUUCCUCCAUUGUCAUUAUCUUUUUCUCUUUCCAUCUCUUUGUCUAUUUUUUGUCUCUCUCUCUCCCUAAAUACCCUAGCAACUAGCCAGAAUACCCUAGAAAAAUUAGCUAAAACAUGUUAGAAAGAACUACCAGAAUGCUUGCAAAGCCUAGCAAAAUGCUAAAACAUUUAAUACAUGCCUAUAAAAAUGCUAAAACAUGUUAGCAACGUCUAGCUAUAUGUUAAAAAUACUACCAGCAUCCAGAUACAUGCUAGCAAUGCCUAGCUACAUGUUAGAAAUACCUAGAUACAUGCUAAAACAUGCUAGCAAUGGCUAGCUACAUGCUAGCGACACUUAGGUACAUGUUAAAACAUGCUAGCAAUGCCUAGAAACAUGCUAACAACACCUAACAACAUGCUAGCCAUGCCUAGCUACAUGUUAAAACGUGGUAGUAAUGCCAAGUUACAUGCUAACAACACCUAACAUGAUAGCCACGCCUAGCUACAUGCUAAAGCAUGUUAGCAACAUGAUAGUAAUACCUAUCUACAUGCUAGAACAUGCUAGUAUCUAUCUGUCUAUCUAUCUAUCAUCUCUCAGACUGUUGGGCAUGUAAAAUAUUCAAACAUUCAAAUUUUAAUUUUGAACUUUAAGACAAGACUUUGUCAAGCCAACAUCUAUAAACUUUUAAAUCUAGUUACUUUUUAUAUAGUAGGUUAAUGUUUUUAAGAUCAGUUACUGGAAAAUCUAUUGCACUGGAACUGUUUUCUCUUCCAGAAGAAAAGUAGAGCUAUUAGCCACUGACCAAAGUGAAAUCUUUUCCGUUUUCUUUAUUUAUUUUUCUUCUUCUUCUUUGCAUAAGUUGCUUUUGGUUGCAUAUUUAAAGGCAAAGAAACAUUAAAAUGAAUUGUUUUUUGUUUUGUUAUUCAGAUUAUGUAUUUUUGCAUUUCUAAAAAUUAUUUAUAUAAGGGGUGCUUCUAAAGAUUUUAUACACUCCGGAAGACAUGAUCCGGCUUGACGAAAGACAUGAUGAAAGUUUAACUUGUCUUUUUCGUAACAACAUCAAUAUUGAGAAAUGCUGUUGAGGAUAUGUAUAGUGUGUUAAGCGUUUUAAGAGUGAAACAUGUUGUGUCUUUGCGUUUGCCGAUUGUACUUGGCUGAUAAGACGCAUAUCAGAUAUUACAGACUGUCAGAAGGGAGGAUGCACAUCCUGCAACUCUCUUGAUUAUAACCACAGUGACCUUUUCUAGCUGCUGGGGGUUCACUGGCCCUGUCCUAUGCGUUAUCAUUAUAUUUGUAUCUUCAUGCCUUAAAGAGUGUCUUAAGAUCAGCCUUAAAAAAAUCACUGCAAUGUAAUUAAUGCCUUAAUCUAUAUAGUCUCUGAUUGUUAGUCUUUAAAUCGUAUUCAUGGACUACAUGUUACAAUGUUGUAAAAGGUACAGUGUUAUAUAUAUAUAUAUAUAUAUAUAUAUCUCGAGAUUAAUAUGCAGCACUGUGCUCAGAAAUAAAGUGCUUACCUUUGAGCAAAAAAUAAAUGAAAAUGAAUGA